UUCUAUGCAUUUGCCGCUUUGCAUGCUGGGAAGGGAGUCUCACCCUAGCAACAGCAAGAUUAUAAACGAUGCGAGUUCUCAAUUUUAGCUAGGAAACCGUUUGACAAUUCAGACGUUUUGUUUACAUUUACAGUGAAAGAAAAUUAAAUGUGAGUUUUCCAUAAUUCCCGAAAUGGACAAACUGCAGGCAGAAGAUGCACGGUACUUGAAAAGGAAAGUAAAACGGGGGAGUUUGGAUGUCCACCCGACAGAGAAAGCCCUCGUUGUUCAGUAUGAGGUGGAGGCGACUAUCCUCGGCGAAAUGGGGGACCCGAUGGUUGGAGAACGCAAGGAGUGUCAGAAAAUCAUCCGCCUUAAAAGCUUAAACGCCAACACAGACAUCACCACCCUGGCUCGCAGGGUGGUGGAGGAAUGCAGGCUCAUUCAUCCAUCUAAACUUCCAGAGGUGGAACAACUGCUGUUCUACCUGCAGAACCGCAAGAAGCCAGACAAACAAGAGAAACAUUCGCCCAGAGACCUCACACCAUUUGAGGGGAUGGAGCUGGAUGAGGAGGCCAACAUCAACUGCAUAGAUGACUAUGUGGAGCUGCUGUAUGAAGACAUCCCAGAGAAGGUCAGGGGAGCCACCCUCAUUCUCCACCUCGCCCGCAACCCUGACAACCUGGAAGAGCUCCUGCAGAAUGAAACGGCCCUGGGAGCUCUGGCCAGAGUCCUGAGGGAGGACUGGAAACAGAGCGUUGACAUGGCAACUACCAUUAUCUACGUCUUCUUCUGCUUCUCCAGUUUCUCCCAGUUUCAUGGGCUAGUGACCCACUAUAAGAUCGGAGCCCUCUGUAUGAACAUCACUGAACACGAGCUGAAGAGGUACGACCUCUGGCAGGAUGAACUGCAGAAGAAGAAGAAGGCUUAUGAAGAGGACCCUGACAACCAGAAUGUGAAGAAGGAACAUGAGAAAGCCUUGAAGAAAUACCAGGGCCUCCUGAACAAGCAGGAGCAGCUUCUACGAGUGGCUCUGUACCUGUUGUUAAACCUGGCUGAGGACACACGCACAGAGCUGAAAAUGAGGAACAAGAACAUCGUCCACAUGCUGGUGAAGACCCUGGACCGGGAGGACGAGGAGCUACUGGUGCUCGUGGUCUCCUUCCUCAAGAAACUCAGCAUCUUCCUGGAGAACAAGAACGACAUGGCAGAGACACAUGCGGUGGAGAAACUGGCCAGGCUGCUGGCCUGUGAUCAUGAGAACCUACUGAACACUACCCUGCGUCUGCUCCUCAACCUCUCCUUUGACACAGGCCUCCGCAGCCAGAUGGUUCAGGCUGGACUCAUCCACAAACUCUCCUUAAUGCUAGCUGACGAGAAGCAGGGACAGCUGUGUAUGUGCAUUCUGUACCACAUCAGUGUGGAUGACCGAUUCAAGUCCAUGUUUGCCUACACAGACUGCAUACCACAGUUGAUGAAGAUGCUGUUUGAGUGUGGUGAGAGCCACAUGGAACCUGAGCUCAUCUCCUUCUGCAUCAACCUGGCUGCCAACAAGAGGAACGCACAGGUCAUCUGUGAAGGUAAUGGUCUGAAGAUGCUGAUGAAGAGGGGUCUGAAGUUAAAGGAUGUUCUUAUCAUGAAGAUGAUCAGGAACUUGUCACAACAUGACGGACCCACCAAGAACCUCUUCAUAGACUAUGUGGGUGACCUAGCGGCUCAGAUGGGAGCGGAGGAGAGGGAGGAGUAUGUGAUAGAGUGUCUGGGGACUCUGGCUAACCUCACCAUCCCUGACCUGGACUGGGAACUGGUGCUGAAGGAGUACAACCUGGUGCCCUACCUCAAAGACCACCUCAAACCAGGCUCGGCAGAGGAUGACCUGAUCCUAGAGGUGGUGAUCAUGAUAGGGACGGUGUCCAUGGAUGACUCCUGUGCUGCCACGAUGGCCAAGUCUGGCAUCAUCCCUGCUCUCAUCGAGCUGCUCAACGCCCAACAGGAGGAUGAUGAGUUUGUGUGUCAGAUUGUCUAUGUGUUGUACCAGAUGGUGGUCCACCAGGCCACCAGGGACGUCAUCAUCAAGGACACACAGGCUCCUGCCUACCUCAUUGACCUGAUGCACGACAAGAACGCUGAGAUACGUAAAGUCUGUAACAACACCCUGGACAUCAUCGCUGAGUAUGAUAAGGAGUGUGAGAGAAAGAUCCAGAGUGAGAAGUUCCGCUGGCACAACUCCCAGUGGUUAGAGAUGGUGGAGAACAGAGCCAUGGGAGACGACGGAGAACCCUUCAUGUUUGGAGACGAUGGGGAAGCAUUCAUGCACAACGGAGACAUUCUGGAGAGACCCGACCUCUUCUACACCGCAGAUGGGAUCAUCCCAGCAGAUGGUACCAUCAGCCCGGAGUUCUUCACAGACUACCAGAACGGAGACAUUGGCCAGGCUGGAGGCUUUCCCGGCAGUAUGAAUCCGGAUAUGUUUGGGCAGUCGACGGUGACCCCUGGACAGCGCCCUGCCACGACCUACGGCACCCGGCCAGACGAGCAGUUCUUCUACAGCUACGCUGGUGCAGCUUCCAGAUGAACCAGACUCUGCAGCAGAAUGCCCUCAUAGAUAUUCUCCACAUGGAUGAAGUUGGAAUAGUCUGCAUCAAUGAACUGUUCAAGACCCUGCAGAUCCUAAAGACACAGAGACGAUGAUUUCCAUGGGUUGUUAUUUUUUAAACAGUCAUGACUUUUAAGGAUACUAAGAAGAUGAAAAGGUGUGUGUGUGUGCAUUGUUUACUAUACUUGUGAAUAUCAAAAGUUGUCACAAGAAUAGUAAACCAACUAGGAUCAGGGAAAGUUGUAGUUUGAAUGGGAAUCAAUUUGUUGGUCCUCACAAGUAUAGUAAGACAUAGCUGUGUGUGUGUGUGUGUGUGUUAUGGUAAAGGGUACAGUGUGUGUAUUGACUGACUGAUUUGCAGGUUGGGGCCAGGUUCUUCUUAAUAUGAGGUAGAGUGAUCUCCACCAAGGCCUCCUGAAAGAUCCUCUUCCUCACUGUGCUGCUGUCGUAAUCAUAUUGCUGAAACACACACACACAGGUAAUUAGCAUAUAACAUGUAUUUUGAUCCGUGCUUGUCUCAGUGAGUUCCUCUUAAUAAACAGAGGUGUAGUGGUGGAUAAAAAGCUACCUUGAGCACCAUGUGCCUGGACUUCUCCAUGGCAGAGCCUACAUUGUCUGUGCUGUUUUCUUUGGCCUUGUAGAGUAGCAGCUCAAAGGAGUACGCUGCAUUUUCAAUCAGCUGAAACAGGGCACGGGGAGGAAGUUAGCCUCAGUGGCAUCAGUGAAAACAAACAAAGAAUAAACUGCCAGAAUGUCAUCUUGGUUAAAUGCCGUACAAAUCAAUGUUAGAAAGGGUUCAUGAACAGUAAAUGGAAGACCUGCAAACUUUAAGCUGAUGACAAAUGACAAUGCUGCAGUUAAAGACACAGAGUGAAUGACUUCUGUCCCCUGAUUUCUACCCACAACUAAAGAGUUAUGUAUGAGUGUGUUGUCGUUGCCCCACCUUUAAGGUCAGGCUUGGUUUAUUUCUCCGAUCCAAUAUCUCCCUAUGAGCCAAGACCCAGCCUGAUACCCUCUGGCAGGGCAGUAUUGACCAGUCCAAAGUCUAGGUUGAAAACCAAAGGAGAUCAGGCAUUUACUGUACCAUUAGAGCCCCUAGACUUUGGAGUGGUCUGCCAGAGGAGAUCAGGCAUUUACUGUACCAUUAGAGCCCCUAGACUUUGGAGUGGUCUGCCAGAGGAGAUCAGGCAUUUACUGUACCAUUAGAGCCCCUAGACUUUGGAGUGGUCUGCCAGAGGAGAUCAGGCAUUUACUGUACCAUUAGAGCCCCUAGACUUUGGAGUGGUCUGCCAGAGGAGACCAGGCAUUUACUGUACCAUUAGAGCCCCUAGACUUUGGAGUGGUCUGCCAGAGGAGAUCAGGCAUUUACUGUACCAUUAGAGCCCCUAGACUUUGGAGUGGUCUGCCAGAGGAGACCAGGCAUUUACUGUACCAUUAGAGCCCCUAGACUUUGGAGUGGUCUGCCAGAGGAGACCAGGCAUUUACUGUACCAUUAGAGCCCCUAGACUUUGGAGUGGUCUGCCAGAGGAGAUCAGGCAUUUACUGUACCAUUAGAGCCCCUAGACUUUGGAGUGGUCUGCCAGAGGAGACCAGGCAUUUACUGUACCAUUAGAGCCCCUAGACUUUGGAGUGGUCUGCCAGAGGAGACCAGGCAUUUACUGUACCAUUAGAGCCCCUAGACUUUGGAGUGGUCUGCCAGAGGAGAUCAGGCAUUUACUGUACCAUUAGAGCCCCUAGACUUUGGAGUGGUCUGCCAGAGGAGAUCAGGCUUGCAGAUUCAGUGUCUCUUUUUAAAUCCCUGUUGAAGACACACUUUUAUAAAGAUGCUUUUAAUGUG